GUGGUACCUCGGGUUACAUACACUUCAGGUUACAUACGCUUCAGGUUACAGACUCCACUAACCCAGGAAUAGUACCUCGGGUUAAGAACUUUGCUUCAGGAUGAGAACAGAAAUCGUGCGGUGGCGGUGCGGCGGCAGCAGCAGGAGGCCCCAUUAGCUAAAGUGGUGCUUCAGGUUAAGAACAGUUUCAGGUUAAGAACGGACCUCCGGAACGAAUUAAGUACUUAACCCGAGGUACCGCUGUACAAUGAAAUGUUGCAACUACAGUACUAAAACUAAGCACAUUUCCAGAAUGAGGUACAAUUUAGUUAAUUCGGAGCAAGCAAAACAGUACAAUCUAUGCAAGUCUACUUUGUAGUAAUCCUUAUUUAGUUCAACUGAGGUUACUUCCAGGUAAGUAUAUAUAGAGCUGCAGCCUUACUUCCAGGUAGGUGGGCUUGGAUUUACAGCAUUUGCUAUACUUACCUAGUUAGCUUACUUAAGCCUUGGAGUGGGGAAGACCUGGCUUAGCAAUCAAUUUCACAAGCAGAGACACACGCUGGAGUAUUAAGAUGACCUGUAAACUGGAUUAUCUCAUCAGGUGUAUGUUUUUUCCUUUAAUGCCUUGUUAGAAAGGAAUUACACCUGGAUAUUAUUUAAGAAACCAGAACUGACCAGACCAGAACUGACUGACCAGACCUGCAUGUGGAAAGGGUGGUUUCUUUGCUUCGACAAAUCCCCAUCAUGAAGAUUUUUGGGGAAGUACUUGUUUGUCUGUGGUCUCUAAGGCAACUUUUUUAUGGCGUCUUGUGUUCCCUCAGUCCCAAGGAUGAAGGGGGAUCUCAGACAUCGCUGGUGUCAGAAGCCUCUGAGCUGCCUCCAGUGUUGUUAUUUUGUCCAGAUGCAGAAAAUGGCUAUGGCCAGUUGCCUACCCCUUCCAAGAUAUUGUCUGACCACCAUCAGCAGGAGUUGGGAGAUUGUGUGCCAGGACCACAACUGGAUUCCAAAGCCCUGAGAUACAUGAAGAGGCUUUAUAAAAGGUCUACUACAAAAGAAGGAUUCCCAAAGAUAAACCAUCUCUAUAACACAGUCCGACUCUUAUCUCCAUGUGCUCAAGGCAAGCACCUCACCAUAGGGCAAACAAAAGGAGACCUUCGUUCACCAGACUUCCUCUUCAGCUUGGACCGUGUUACUGCUUUGGAGCACUUAGUCAAGUCGGUCUUACUCUACUCAUUUGAUAAACCAUUUCCUAAAUUGUGGGCUGUUAAGUGUACAGGUAAUCUAGUUAUAAAGGAGGGUGGUGCCUCUGGUCACGCACACCCCAAUAUUGAACAUGCCAUGGCUUUCCAUUUUGAACUUGGACGCAAACGGGCUGAGAUUGAUGUGACCUCUUUUAUCUGGCCUCUGAUAGCCUCUAACAAUAGAAGCGUUUACAUGGCUGUAAAUAUUGUUUGCCCGAAUGACCAGCCCUCCAACGCCAAACAGGAUCCCUUUAAUAUGACACAGGCAUCGCUUUCUCUUCUCCUGUACCUCAAUGACACCAGUGAGCAAGCUCACCCUACAUGGGAUUUUGUCAAGCACAAGAGAAGGAACUCCAUGCGAGCCAGGCUGGAAAGGGGUCCUUUCGCAGGUCUCGGAGGAGAGGCAGGAAAAUACCUCAAACAGAGCGAAAGAAAACCUCGUCACCGAAGAGAUGGAGAUGGGCAAGAGGAAAACAUAUCAGUUUCCAUAGGCAACUUACGUAAGUACUACGAACAGUUUCUUUUCCCACAAAAUGACUGUAAGCUUCACAACUUCAGGCUGAAAUUCAGCCAGCUGGGCUGGGACAGUUGGAUAAUUGCACCAUACAGAUACAAUCCUCGCUAUUGCAAAGGUGACUGUCCAAGAGUAUUUAGGCAUCGCUAUAGCUCUCCUAUGCACUCGAUGAUACAGAACCUCAUACAUGAAAAAAUAAACCCGUCUGUCCCCAGGCCCUCCUGCAUACCUGCUGAAUACAGCCCCCUAAGUGUCUUGGAGGUAGAGCCUGAUGGAUCAAUUGUGUACAAAGAAUAUGCAGAUAUGAUUGCUACCAAGUGCACUUGCCAAUAAAGCCAGUGCUGAUUUAUUAAUAAUGUGGUAUUUUCCCUUAACAGUAGAAGGAAAGUAACCUGUUGGUUGAAAAAAAAAAAGA